AUGCUUGGAUCCAAGCAAGACAGCAUGAUGAAGAUGCAAAGGAUUAUGCCACGAAAGCACUUAGACUUCCAGCAAGUCUUCGACACUUGGAACGAAAAGAAUCUGGAAAUAAAAAAGAAGCAUUUAGUACCGAAUUCAUCGAGAUGUAUAAUGAAGCCAAUUAUCAACAACGAGUACUACGUGCAGCAACAACCAGUAACACAAAUGGAGGACAUAGAGGAGGAUAUUCGUCAUCUUCAACUUGGAACAACAACCGUAGAGGAAGACGAAGCUUUUUCUCAUCAACAAGAGGAAAAAACUUCUAUGGGGAAGGGGAUGUGGGGCCCCAACCUACUACAACAUGUCCAACAUUUCUCACAACAGUGGAACACAACAACACAGUUCAACUUAGCAACGCCAAGGAGCUUCCAACAGCCAGUAACACUAAACAGCUUACACAUAGUAACACCAGUACAACAACUACUAUCACCUCAACAACCUCUUUUACAACCAAUUCAAUUCAACAACCAAUUCAACAACCAAUUCAACAACCAAUUCAAUCAUCCAACUGCACCAUUCCAACGGACGGGAUUCUACCUGGAAGCCGUCUACAGAAAUUCUUACACCACUGGAAAAAAAUUACAAAUCACCCCUUAAAAAAAAAAAAAAAAAAAAAAUUGAA